AUGUUUUCUCCAAAGCUGAAGAUCUUCUUGAUUGCUAGCCAUGUCUCGCUGUCUGGUCUCUGUUAUGGUCUGGACACAGGCUCAAUUGGUGUCAUUACCCAGAUGGAACAGUUCUCGCAGUAUAUCGGCCACCUAACCUCCAUGCAACAGGGGAUCUACGUCUCCUCGAUUCUCCUCUCCUCGUCGGUAUCCUCCCUCGCCAGCGGCCACAUCUCCGACCGCAUUUCGCGAAAAUGGGGCAUCUUCAUCGGCAGUAUUCUCUUCCUCAUCGGAACGAUCAUCUCAGCGACUGCGCCUAACUUCGCAGCGCUGAUUGUCGCCCGGCUCAUCACCGGCAUGGGCAUGGGGCAGGCGAUUUCCGUUGCCACAGUCUAUCUGGUUGAGAUUGCCACGACGGAUAUUCGAGGCGUCACGGCGUGUCUGUUGCAGCUGUUUGUGGUCAUUGGGAUCAUGACGGGGUAUUUUAUCGCGUAUGGAUCGCACGAUCUAGAAGGGAGUAUGGCGUGGCGAGUUCCGUUUAUCGUGCAGGCGGCUGUGGCUGUUGUCCUUACUCUUGGACUGCUCCUGGUACCCUUUUCGCCGCGGUGGCUGGUGCAAGUCAGUCGGAAUGAAGAUGCGAAGCGAGUCCUGGGGAAACUUCGUACGCCUUCGGUUGUGGAUUCUGAACUGGCUGAGAUUCAGCGGAGCCUGCAGUCUGAUCGACACAAGGCACUUGCGACUUGGAGCGAGAUCUUCAGUCGGAAGUAUGUUGGUCGGACAUCGCUGGGGAUAUUUUUGAUGUCGUUUCAGCAGUUGACUGGUAUUGACGUGGUGCUAUACUAUGCCCCCAUUCUUUUUCGACAAGCAGGCUUCACGUCCGAAAAGGCGUCCUUCCUUUCUUCCGGUGUCACUGGUAUCGUGAUGCUGGUGUGCACCAUCCCAGCUCAGAUCUGGAUCGACCGAUGGGGCCGUCGAAUGCCACUCGUUAUAGGAGGCUUGAUCAUGUCUAUUUGCUUUAUAGUCACUGGCUCCUUAUAUGCCAAGUUCGGCGAGAUAACCGAAGACGCCGUCAGUCUUUCGUCCAAAGCCGCGCAAUGGGUCGUUAUUGUGUUGAUUUACAUAUUUGUGGCCAAUUUCUCUUGGUCCUGGGCUGUGGUUGGAAAGAUCUACGCUUCCGAAAUAAUUCCCACUAGGCUGCGUGCAAAAGUAUGCGCGUUGGAGCUGGUUGCGAACUGGAUUAUGAAUUUCGUCGUGACCCUUACGGCGCCAUUGUUUUUACGAUCUUCACCUAGUGGUCCGUACUUCCUGUACGGAUUCUCUACGAUCGUGGCCGUCGUUGUUUGCUUUUUGAUGCCGGAGACAAAGGGUCGGAGUCUUGAGAAUAUCGAGCAUUUGUUCGAGAAAAGGAGAGAUGGCGAGGAGGAGAUCCAGAUCAGUCUUUCCUUCCUCCGAGACACGAUUAACUGA